UAUCACUUUCUCUCUCUUCAGCUCCUCAUCAGAGACUUCUCCACUCUGCUCUCUGCCCCUCUCUCUCUCUCUCUCUCUCUCUACUAUCUCUCUCUUCCAAAAAGCUCGAUACAUUACCCUUAGGAGCUCUUUUUGUCCAAAAAAAUCCGAUCUUUUCCUUUUCUUUGCCAUUUUUAUUUUCUUAGUUUUCUUUGUUCCUACUCAUUCCCUGAUUUCUCGCCAUCGUCUCAGGGCCAACCACCCCACCCCCCCAAGUAAAAGCCCACCACACAGGCUCAGCAGCAGAGACCAGCAGGCAGGCAUGCCCUUUUUCCCUCUGCAUUCCUCUCCCCCCUUUGAUUUCUGCAACCCAAUUUUACCCUUUUCCUCACUACUGGGUUAUACUAGUACUUUCUUGACAGCAUUUCCCGUACGGCCUGCGAAUGAUCUUUCUCGAACUCUGAUCGUGGUGUCGUGCCGAUGAUGCAGGGGUUCUAGGUUGAAGCCGGAAAGUUUCGUUUCUGCUGAGGUUGUCUUUGAAGGAAAUCCACUGAAGGGCUUCAGUGCUUCAGUCUCCAUUUCGGGUUCUUGAUGCUAAAGAAGGUCUUCCGGUACCGUUCUAUCUUAUAAUUGCGGAUUCAAUCAGUUCGGUGGAGUUUGAGUACAAGAAAGUUGCUGCCAUGGCGGAAAGGAAGCUGAAUUUUAAUACUCCACUUAUGUCCGUGAGGCGAUUCUCAACAAUGGGAUCUUCAACUUCGGAGAAGUUAUUAGAUAGACGCCAUACCCUCCCUUCUUAUAAUUUUGAUUCGAAUAUGGACCAAGUGACCGAGCCCGUCGCUGUUCCUUUUAUGUGGGAAAAGAUCCCUGGAAUUGCCAAGAGUCGAACAGAGCCAGAGCCUCAGCCUCUCGACCGAGGAUUUGACAAGAGAUCUGAAGAUCAAGUCCUGACUGAGCUGCUUAGAUCAUCAGAAGACUCUACUAAAGAGGGUAGGGAUGAGAUGGCGGGAAACGGGUUAGAGGAUGAUAGCGAUGACAGUGAAGUGUAUUCUGAUGCACUUGAGAGUUUGUCUUCGGCCGAGUCUGUCUCAUUCUCAUUCAAUUGCAGUGUUAGUGGCCUGAGUGGCUCGGACGGCUCAGCUCGGAAACCUCCUGGAACGUUUUCGAUGGACCCACGGACCCGAGACCUGAUGAUGAGCCGUUUCCUGCCGGCUGCUCGGGCCAUGGCUCUCGAGCCUCCUCAGUACACAUCCAGGAAGCAACAACAGCUCGCUAUAGUUCCAUACGAGCAGCCGAAGGAGGUCAAAAGAGAGCCAGUUCGAGAUGAUAGGGUGCUUCCUAAAGAGUAUGACUCUAACAUCAUUCAGAAAUAUCAGGAACAAGACAUGGGUGAAGAAGAUGAAAGCGAAGAUGAAAACAAUGAAGUUGAAGAUGAUUACAGCAGUGUACAAGCCAAAGGUUGUGGGUUGAUUCCGAAGUUGUGCCUCUUAAAUCCCAUCCCUGGCAUGAAAGUUCGGACGCAGAGAUCCUUAUCAGUCCAUUCAAAGGCUAAAAAUGCGUCCAAGGGUGGAUAUUGUCAAGCUGAAAAUGACCCUGCUGCAAAGAACGCUGAUUACAGUUGCAGAUCGGAUCGUGGAACUCUGACUCCAAGAUUGCUGGGUUCAGAGAAUCUUUCUGCAGGUGGAUCCCGUCGGUUUAAUUUCUCGGGUGAGCUACAAACUAUGAGAGGUUCAUUAUCUCCUUAUAGGCGUUCAAGGACCAAUAAUUUUCUUCCCCAGCAGAAUGUCGAAAAUGAGCACAGAUCAGAUCGUGAAGCUCUGUCUCCUAGGUUACGUGGCCUGGGGGCCAAGCCUUUUUCAGGCAGGUACCGUCAUUUUAAUUACUCAGGCGAGCUCCGAACUAUGAGAGGUUCAUUAUCUCCAUUCAUGCAUUCAAGGGCCGAUGCUUUAUCUUCCCAACAGAAUGUGGAUAAUGAGGGAAGAUCACAUGAAACUCUGACUCCUAAGUUACGGGGCCCCGGGGGCAAGCCUUUUGCUGGUGGGUCUCGUCCUUCUAAUUUGUCAGGUGAGCUCCGACCUAUGAGAGGUUCACUAUCUCCCUACAGGCAUUCAACCGAUGCUUUCUUUACCCAACAGAAGGAACGGUCUCGAUCUCCUUUGGCCGGAGUUGGGGUUUGCAGUUUUUCUAAAGAAGUAGAAAGCACCACUAGAAAUAGCUCAAGGUUUCCUCUCGAAGCUCAAAAAGAUCAGGUGUUACAAACUUCAUUUGGAGUGGAGAAGACACUGUAUGUGGAUAGCAUCAAUGUUGCAAGAAUAUCAUACUCAAAUUCAAAUUCUUCCGAUCAAGAGGUGUGGGUGGAGCCUGAAUCCGAAACUCCACUGAAGAGAACGGAAGCAAGAGAAGCUUUGUCAGAACAAUCCAUUUCUCAAGAACUGAAGUCCUCAGAAAAUUCAUAUUCAUCCGCCAACGGAGACCUGAUACUAAGCAAUUAUCAGAACUUUAAAGGAGACGAAAAAGAGGACUUAAAUUCUGAUUCUCUGCCGCCGCUUCUCAAAUCUCCAUCUGAGUCGUGGCUAUACCGUACACUGCCUUCAAUUCCUUCACGAAGUCCACUUACCCCAAAGAAGCAGAGUCCUAAGUUGUCCUCUCACGAGACCAAAUGGGAGACCAUUGUGAAAUCCUCAAACUUGCAUCACGAUCACGUUCGAUACUCCGAGGAACUGAUUACUCAUGUGACCCAGAAACCAAAAACAAAAUCAUAAGUCCUGAGGACCUGUACUAGUCGAUCAUGUAGUUAUUAGUUUGUGGUCUUGGGAUCCGAUUCGUGUGCGCACUGGCCAGAAGAAAUUGAAAGCUUCUUGCCAGUAAACGAUUUUCUGGAAGAUCUAUUAUACUUCCACACUCUUUUAUCACAAGUUGAUGCCUUUCAACAAGUAAUCUUCUAGGUUUAGUUUUGCAAGUCGAAAUUCCGACAAGAGGAAGAGCGACCACAUCGGUCGGGUACACAUUCCUUUGACAGUGCCUCGUAUUUUUUUCUUUUUCAUUUCAAAUUUUGGUUGCAUUCUUCUUCUGCAGCAUUUCAUGCCAAAUAGGCUACAUUUCAGUUGAUGAUCGAAUGGGAAGCUUCCUUGUACAUUUGGACGAUUCUGUCUGUAUAAAUUGAGUAUAUUCUGGCCUGGA